UUCGUGGGUUAUCACGUUGGGGGUGGGAUUCCCGAUUUUUAAAACAUUCUAAAUUUUUCUCGCAAUUCCCGAACCCACCCACGAAAAUAAAUGCUUUUGUAGUCUGUGAUGUUGACUCACACUGUCUUAUCAACUGGGAGCAAGUGGUUCAUCAACAAAGGGGGUUCCUUUAUCUUCAUAAUAGUUUAAAAAUACAUUGAACACACAUAUACUUUUGAUUCAUCACAAAAGAAAUUUAAAUGUGCACAGCAUUUAACAAACAUGGAUAGAGAUACAGUAAAGUUCACACUGAAUGGAGAUGAUUCAGGGAAUUUUGAGGAUUUCAAAGUGCAGAUACACAAAUUUGAUGGGGUUGUGUCUGCACCCACAGAUGGCUCAUAUGCAGAGGUAUUGCCUAAAGGAAAGUUCACAGUUGUACAGGAGGCUUCGGACUCGUUGGCGGGAUAUGAACCGGUGAUCAAUCAGACUUCCAACGAGCUCCUGUACUUCGACGAUGGAGAUGGUGCGAAUGGAGAGCUUCUUCCUAGCACCGAAGAAGUCCUAAAGAUUUCCAUCAUUGGAAUGACAUGUCAGUCCUGCGUGAAAUCAAUUGAAGGAACAAUCGGCAGCAAACCAGGCAUCAACUCGAUCAAGGUCGAUCUGCAGGAAAAGAACGCGAUCGUUUCAUACGAUCCGAACCAGUUAGAGCCUCAAGACAUAGCAGACGCCAUCGAAGAUAUGGGCUUCGAGGCUCCGCUUCCUCUUCUCGUUAGCGAAUACGGAGUCAGCCAGUGCGAGGUGUACAUUGAUGGCAUGACCUGUAAUUCCUGCGUACAAACCAUAGAAGGCAUGAUAUCCACCAAUGAAGGAGUCAAGGAAAUCAAAGUAAACCUUCAAGGGAAGCAGGGCAUCAUCAAAUACGUAUCGAGCAUCAUUACACCAGAAGAGAUUAGUGAGCAAAUCAACGAUAUGGGCUUCGAUGCCUACGUAAAAAGUGUAGACGGCAAAAUCGUUGAAAGGGAAAAAGAUUCUGAAGAAAAGAAAUCCAAUGUUUCUAAAGAAGCUGUGGGUAAUGGAUCCGUGGCUAUCAAUAUAAAAUUGCACACCUGCCAAUUGCACGUGAAGGGGAUGACGUGUGGAUCCUGUGUCGCAGCUAUCGAAAAGCACUGCUACAAAAUAAAUGGUUGUCACAAGAUAUUAGUAGCUCUUUUAGCUGCGAGGGCAGAGAUCCAAUACGAUCCUUCUGUAGUAACUCCCGCCGAGUUAGCCGCCUCCAUCACAGAACUCGGCUUUCCUGCUAGUGUUUUGCAAAGUAACGGAGCUGGAGAGGCCGAGGUAGACUUGAGGAUCGAAGGAAUGACCUGCUCUAGUUGCGUCCACAAAAUUGAAUCACACGUCAGUAAGAUGGAUGGCGUGAUCAACGCGACCGUAGCUCUGACUACGCAUAAGGGCAAAUUUAGAUAUGAUCCAGAGGUCACCGGACCUAGAAACAUCAUAGAGGCCAUCGAGAGGCAAGGUUUCAAGGCCGAGCUUUUCAUACGCGAGAAGGAUGGUGAUUACUUGCAACAGAAGCAGGAGAUUCGUAAAUGGAGAAAUUCGUUCUUAUUUUCGUUAACUUUCGGAGGACCGUGCAUGGUCGCCAUGAUCUAUUUCAUGGCUUUAAUGUCAGCUGGGGCUUCACAUUCUGACAUGUGCUGCGUUGUACCAGGUUUAUCUUUGGAAAAUCUGGUUAUGUGGUCCUUAUCAACUUUGGUACUAGUCUUCGGUGGACGUCACUUUUUCAUCCAAGCUUACAAGGCGUUGAAACAUCACACUACCAAUAUGGAUGUGCUAAUUGCUAUGGCAACGUCCAUAUCUUACAUCUACAGUGUGUGUGUUGUCACAGCCGCGAUGAUCUUGCAGCAACACACUUCUCCGCAGACGUUCUUCGAUACACCACCCAUGUUGCUAGUCUUCAUUAGCUUGGGUCGAUGGCUGGAACACAUUGCUAAAGGAAAAACAUCCGAAGCUUUGUCACGACUUCUGUCUUUGAAAGCCACCGAAGCAGUCCUAGUCACUUUGGGUCCUAAGAAUAAUAUCGAAAAGGAACGCACCGUUAACGUGGAUUUAGUGCAGAGGGGUGAUUACCUGAAGGUAGUUCCCGGAGCCAAAGUCCCUGUGGACGGGAAAGUGAUCCAAGGACAAUCUAUGUGCGACGAGAGCCUCAUUACGGGCGAAAGUAUGCCGGUGAAUAAAAAGAAAGGCAGCUCAGUUAUCGGCGGUUCGAUUAAUCAACACGGUCUUUUGGUAAUGCAAGCCACCCAUACCGGAGAAGCUACCACGCUUUCCCAAAUUGUGAAACUCGUGGAAGAGGCGCAAACAUCUAAGGCUCCCAUUCAACAGUUGGCGGAUCGUAUCGCCGGUUACUUCGUUCCCAUAGUUGUCUUCUUGGCUCUCCUCACGCUAGUAGUUUGGUCCAUCAUCGGAUUCAUCGACAUCAGUUAUCUUCCCAUUUCAGAACACGAAAAACAUUCCUUUAGCAAAACCGAAUUGAUUCUUCAAUUCGUAUUCAAAUGUGCUUUAAGCGUAUUGGCCAUUGCUUGCCCAUGUGCUUUAGGUCUUGCCACUCCCACCGCGGUCAUGGUAGGCACCGGUGUUGGAGCAACAAACGGUAUCCUAAUCAAGGGAGCCGAACCUCUGGAGAAUGCACACAAAGUAAAAGCGAUUCUUUUCGAUAAAACCGGAACAAUUACCAAGGGCCAACCGGAAGUGGCUGCGGUGUGGUUGCUGGGCGACCAAUUAAGUCCAUCGGUGAUUUUUGCGGUGCUCGGUUGCGCGGAGAAGAACUCGGAACAUCCAAUUGCUUCAUCCAUUAUUCGAUUCGUCGAAGAGACCUUCCAAUGCGAGGCUAUAGGCAGCAGCAGCGACUUUCAAGCUGUUCCUGGAUGCGGAUUGCGUUGUAAGAUAAGUGGCAUCGAGCAAGUCAUUUCGGCUGCUAAGAACUCCACGGAAUUCUCGAGAUUCUUAAGCGUGUGCGCUUCAGGAAGUUCCGGCAUCAUUACCUUAAAUGAUGUUGAUGUAGAAGUUGCUAACACACAAUCACUUAAAUUAGGACAACUUAUUGGAAUGACGAAUGACGAUGAAAGCGAUCCGAAUUUUGUAUACAACGUGAUCGUGGGUAAUCGUGAGUGGAUGAAUCGCAACGGUUUGAUAGUCAGCGCCGAUUUGGAUAGGAAGAUGAUGGCUGAAGAGGAGCAAGGAAGAUCGGCGGUUCUGUGCGCGAUCAAUGGUAACAUUGUGGCGAUGGUCAGCGUGGCGGAUACCGUUAAACCUGAAGCUCAUUUAGCCGUAUACUCGUUGAAGAAGAUGGGUCUCGAGGUUAUUCUUUUAACCGGUGAUAACAGGAAGACGGCUGCGAGCAUAGCAAAACAAGUGGGCAUCUCGAAAGUCUACGCUGAAGUGCUUCCAUCCCACAAAGUUGCUAGAGUGCAGAAAUUGCAAAGUAAAGGGAUAAAGGUUUGUAUGGUCGGUGACGGUAUCAACGAUUCACCUGCUUUGGCCCAAGCUGACGUUGGAAUGGCAAUUGCUUCUGGUACUGAUGUUGCCGUGGAAGCCGCUCACGUCGUGCUGAUGCGCAAUGAUCUUCUUGACGUGGUUGCCUGCUUAGAACUCAGCCGAAAAACUGUAAAGAGGAUCAGACUGAAUUUUUUAUUAGCCAGCCUUUACAAUCUAUUAUGUAUACCAUUGGCUGCUGGUGUCUUCAGCACGUUUGGUUUUAUGCUUGCCCCGUGGAUGGCGAGCGGUGCCAUGGCUCUUAGCAGCGUUUCAGUCGUAAGUAGUAGUUUAUUGUUGAAGCUGUGGAAGAAGCCAACGAAAGAGCAACUCACAACAACGGAGUAUCUAAUGCUUCGGAACAACGUUGAAUUGGAUACGAUAUCCAUCCACCGUGGCCUUGACGAUAUAGAGCAAACUAGUCCAACUACCCCAACUGGCCUCUCAAGAUUCCUGAACCGCAACAGACUCACAAGGGAGUAUCUUCUGAACGGAGACCAAGAAGACGAUGUCAGCGUCGACUUCAACGUCAAGCCACACAGCUCCCCAUCUUGCGUUCUCUAAAAUAAUCUCAUUCAAUAAUUAUUAUUACUUACUUAAAUUUAAGUUCCACGCCAAUUCGUUAUUCGUUUCAACCUUUUCAUGUGAUUUAUUUAAAAAGAAAACGCAUCACAGUAUUUUUAU